AGUCUAGAGCCGCCAUCUUGAAAAGGUCAGCAGUUAGGACGGUUCCAUCAGCGAUGUGGGGAAGACUGGGAAUUGCGCUAAAGGAACAUCGAAUACUUCUGCAUACUUUCCAAGUCUCUUAGAAGCCAAUAUUUUAAGUAAAUUCCCAGGGUCAACAUGUUUGGGUCUGGCGUGACUAAGGGGAUAAUUCCUUAGCAAAUCCUCCUCUGGUGCAAAUACCAGCUACCCCCCAUUCCCUGCCUCUGAGCAGUAGUACAUGCCAAUCGGAGCGUGUGUUCGCGACCACGACUAGUCUGCCGCACUUCCGGCCAGAUCGCCGGAUAUCCGCUGAGUGACCCUUACAAGUCCUUCUUGAUCCUGAAGUGGAAUAGGUGCCGCUGUUGCUUCUCGUGUUGAAUCCACAACAGCAGUCGGACAUGGUGCUGGAGGAAGAGCAAAGGAUGCUGACCGGGUCUGGAGAUCCCAAUGAGGAAGAAGAGGAGGAGGAGGAAUUAGUGGAUCCCCUAACAACAGUGAGAGAGCAGUGCGAGCAGCUGGAGAAAUGUGUAAAGGCUCGGGAGCAGCUAGAGCUCUGUGAUGAGCGUGUAUCCUCCAGGUCAGAGACAGAGGAUUGCACAGAGGAGCUCUUUGACUUCUUGCAUGCAAGGGACCACUGCGUGGCCCACAAACUCUUUAACAGCUUGAAGUAAGUGCAGAUUCGUUCACCCCGCCUUCAUCACCCGGGCUUCAGGAUAUUUCCUUAUGGUUUUGAACAUGCCAUUUGUUUCUUAUUUGUGUAACUAAGUUCAUGUGAACCUCAAGGAUUUUUGGCUUAGGCAGGUAGCUUCUGUGUAAUUAUCAAUGAUUCCAUCUUAAUAAAGUCCAGUGAUCAGCAA